AAAAAACUUUAUAAAGGUACCUUUUGUAUGUACCUCCUAAGAUACAUACAUGCACAUGUGUAUUAGAGAAUCAUAAAUCAAAGAAGCUGUGGGAAGGUAUAAGUUGCUGCGGCUGCCUUGCAAUAAAAUGACACUGACGCAAGUCCCAAUAAAAGCUAGAGCAGUCUCGCGAUUUCUCAAGCUACAUCCAUUUUUCUUUCCACUACAACAACCUAUUCUCCGGUUUCAGCAGCAUAGAACUUUCACCAUGACCAUGCAAGAACCACAGGAUCAUUCUCGUUUUCGCACGCGUGGGGGAGGUAAAAGGCGUGGGAAUAAUACUCGAGGCUCAAGGCAUAUCCCAAAUCAUCCGCGGCCAGCUGCAGCUCAAUAUUCUACUCAGCCAAACGGCAAUAAUGAGGUCGACGAUGCUUACGCGGCUUCAACCUCAGGAGCACCUCAGGAUGCCACCCCGAGAAUCUCUGUGCCCACAGAUACUCCGACUUUUGCAGGGCUCGCAAAGGAUAAUCUGAUUCAUCCUGUCUUACUGAAAACAAUAUCGGAGGACUUGAAAUUCAACCACAUGACACCGGUACAAGCAGCCACCAUCCACCCGCUUCUGAAGGAAGACUGCGAUGUUUUGGCACAAGCAAAGACUGGUACAGGAAAAACUAUCGCCUUCCUACUACCAGCCAUUCAAAGAAUGAUGCAUCGCCAGGAGAAACCGGGUGAAAACGUUUCUCUUCUUGUCAUUUCGCCCACCAGAGAGUUGGCAAUGCAGAUCGCGGAGGAGGCACGUGCCCUACUGCAGCGUCUAAAGCAGUAUAGGAUCUGUAUCGUCAUUGGUGGUACAAACAAGAACACGGAAGAGAGACUCAUUUCGAAAGGCUGCGAUAUUCUGAUUGGUACUCCAGGUCGACUAUACGAUCACCUAAGUGGAGAAGAUAGCCUCGUUGCCAGCAUGCUACAGAGUCUCGACACGUUGGUGCUGGACGAAGCCGACAGGCUUCUGGAUAUGGGCUUUUUUAAUUCCCUAAAGAAGAUUGUUGAAUGCCUGCCGGACAGGGCCGUCCACAAGAGGCAAUGCAUGCUCUUCUCGGCAACUGUCCCUGAACACGUCCGAAAAGUUUCCCAAUUGGUCCUUCGACCGGACUAUAAGUCUAUCUCUACCAUCGCAGAAGGCGAACUGGACACGCACGAGCGCGUCCCUCAGCAUCUUAUUGUCGUCCCUACUUUCUCUGAUAUGGCAGCUGGCUUACUCGGUGCACUACGACAAGAGCUUGCAGUUGUUGGUCCCAAAGCCUUUAAGGUGAUAAUCUUUGUGCCAACCGCCCGGCUAGUAGACUUUUACGUGGAAGUCCUACAGAAAUCACCCGGUCUGCCGCCAGUCAUAUCCCUCCAUUCGCGAAUGUCGCAGAGCAAGAGGACGAACAUCACUGAAGAGUUCCGUCGGGAGAAAGGCCGUAUCCUAGUUGCAACGGAUGUCAUCGCUCGAGGCAUGGACUUUCCUUCAGUAACAAAUGUCUUCCAAGCAGGCAUCCCUUCCGAUAAGGAAUCCUAUAUUCACCGACUAGGACGAACUGCCCGUGCGGGUGCGGAAGGAAAAGGCACUUUCAUUAUCACGUCUCACGAGACCUCAUACUCAAAGCGAACACUAAAUAACAUUAUGUUUGAGAAUACACCCGCGGACUUAAGCGCCCGCGAGGACGUAUCGGAAAUUACUGCGAGACUCGAUCCGGAUAUCCAAGGGAAAGCAUACCAAGGCUGGCUCGGUUACUACAAGACCUUCAUCAAACCAUUCAACUGGGAUCCCGCCCGACUUGUUCAUGAAGCGAAUGAGUUUGCGCUGAACGGUCUUGGAGCAGCUGAGAUUCCAAAGCUGCAGAAGAGUACAGUUGGGAAAAUGGGAUUGAAGGGCGUCAAAGGACUUGUGAUUGGUCCGGACUUUCGAAAUGAAAACUUUCAGAAGCGCGAACGAAAUGGCGGUGAUGAUAGCGACAUUAGUAGCAGGCAACCGUCCAAGCGACCCCAGAGAAGCGAAUGAAAGAUAUCUCCCAGUAAGGCUAUUCUUGCAAUCAUCAAAGUACCUAAGUACCGAUGCGAGUAGGUAUCCCACGAUAUCAAGGCAGAUUCGAAGCAUCAUCGAUCUUCAGGAUUCCAAACUCGAUUAGCUACCAUGUUUGCAGCCCUCAAGAGACAUGGUAAGUUCUACGGUCUGUUUCGAGUAUUCACAGCGACAGGUGCUUACCACCUAACAGUGAUAAAAUAGGGACCCUAUUAUUGGCUAGUCUAUGUAGCAUUUACGGUCAUCUCAGCCGUCUUCUGUAACAUCCACCUCUUUUAGCUUGUGGCAGCAAAACAACAUUGCAUAAUUGUUGGCAUAAUACAUCCCCUCAUCAAUAGCAAAAGGGGUUAAACAUUGUACUUCUAUAGCUAUUUAUAUAAACUGCCAAUAAAACCACUCAUCUAGGA